GUUGCCCUGACCACGUGGGACUUGACUGGGACUCCAACUUGUUUUUAGGAAAGAUUUCAACCUAAAAAAAAAAAAAAAAAUUCCAAAGCGCAACCUUCCUUCGUUACACUUUCGUGGCCAAGUUGCUGGCUUUUUUUUUUUUUUGUGCAUCUUUUUCUUCCCAAAAAGAGGAAGCGAAUCCCGGGAAGCGUGUGACUUACUUCUUUGUCGGCAGUCACAUGACAGUCAAUGUCAGCUGUUCCCUUCUGAUGUCGGCGGGAAAGGCUCCGCGCGGGUCCGACGAUGAUCUCGUCUCCGGACUUGCUGCCUUUCACCGGGCCGGAGGGCUUCGGCUACGGCGAGAACGACGGGGCGGAGGGAGAGCACCCCGGUGGAGCAGCGAGGGGGCCUCUCCCCGAGGAGCUCUCCUUCUCUUCCUCCUCCGUCGGUGGCGGUGGGGGACACCCGUGGACUUCGGCGGCCGGCUUCAAGGAGGACUUCGUGCUCGUGGCGGAGUUCUCCGAGCAGGUGGGGCCCACACCGGUGAUGACCAUACCCGACGAGGAGGGCGCAUCGGGCUCCCUGGACCUGAACCACUUCUCUGUGCGCAUCAUGUCUGUUGACUACCAGGCGUCGGGGCCCGGCCCCCCCGCCGCCGCCUCCGGGCCUCGCCUCAACUUCAACGAGGACUCCGAGGUGGUCCUGGGGGACUCGGCCGACUGGGCCUUCGCGUACGUGCGCCACGUGACCCUUCUGGACCUGGCGGCCCGCGGGAUGGUGCGUCCCUUCUGCUUGGCCUACGUGUGCUCGCGGCAGGCCAAGAUCAUGGACAACUUCGGACGGCUGUCGGCCGCAUUUCGCCGGGCGGCCGAGAGCCUCAAGACGGGGAACAGGCAGGCCUUCUCCUUGGAGCUCCACCACAAGCUACACCAGCUGCAGUACGAACGCUUGGCAUUGCUGCAGGAUGACGGCGGAGAAAAGUGGGAGGAGCUGGAGGCGGUGGAGCGAGCCAUCGUGAUGCACAAAGAGCUCCUCCGCCAGGUUUCUUCCUACCCAAACAGGAAGCUGAAGCAGCCAGACUUCCUGCCCUACGAGCCCGGCGACCCCUCGACGGACGCGGCGGCCGCCCCGCCUCCUCCCCCGCCCUCCCCCCACUGCGCAGGGUCCGAACGCCGCCUCAAGCCAAUACAGGAACUCUGCAACGCCUACUUCCUGUCGCUGAUGACGGAGCAGCUAGAGCAAACGGAGCGCCGCCUCCGUGGUGACGUCACCGCCCUGCGGAGCGCGAGCAUCACCCGCUCGCUGAGGAGAAAGCUCAGACUCACCAACUUCCUGUUUGAGCAGCCUGAUGAUAACGAAGAGGAGGAGGAGGACGACGACGGAGAGGAAUCGGCGGUGGGGGAAACGGGAAACCAGCCGAGGUCUGAGUCGUGCGUGGAAGCAGAAGAAGUGGCGAGUGGUGAGAUGACGGGAAGCGCCAGCAGCGGAGACAGCAUCCAAGUGAUCGGGACGGAGCGAUCCUACAAGACGAUCGCCGCCCUUGAUGAAGCUCCCCCCUUACCUGACGGGGCUUCCGCCGCAUUCGACGCAUCUCUCGCCACCCCACACCGCUCACCACUCGUGCUUAUCGCUGCACCCAUUGGCCCCCUCGAAGCAUCUAUCGCCGCCCUUGUCACCACCCCCGAGGUGUCUCUGACCGCCCACGACUCACCUCUCUCCACGUCAGAUCCGCCGCUUGCGGCCGCCUCGGACCCAGGACCUCGGCGCAUCAGAGUCUACACCAGGAGGACCAACAGCGAGGACAGCAUUGAGGUCCUUAGCACCAGCGAAUCCAUCGUCCCAGAAGACCUCACCGCCAUCACAGAGGAAGAGGAGCCCACAAAAGAUGACAAAACGGACUUCGCAUGGAAAGACACUCACACAAGAAGCGCCUACCGUCAGACGCUGCCUGAUCUCCUGGUGAACCAAUGGUCUUCGCCCCGGAGCGCCCACGAAGUACUGGACCCUGCCGCAGAGUUGCCCUCGCCCCAGCGAAGGGUCUACGGCGCGGGCGGCGUCUGCCCGAAUAAGUUAGGACUGCGAGCGCUUCACUUCGUUAAAAAGAACUCCUUCUCUCAGCACGCGAUCUUUUGCUUGCUGAGCGGCCGCCCGCUGGUGGUGCUCUCGGGAGACCGAGCUGAGCUGAGGAAGACGGUGGAGGUCCUGGCUCUCUUCCUGCCGGCCCCCGGUGGCGCGGUGACGCCGUGUUUGAGCACCCCGCUCCAGCUCGGCGACCUGCUCACGUGGAGGCUGAUCGGCAUCCACAGAUCUCCAUCCUCAGGCCCACUUCACGGGCUGACCCGCUACAGUCGCUACCUUGGAGUGCUGGACUUGGACCAGAGGACACUGCGCUGCCCAUCCUACUCGGGUUCACUGGUGGGCUCUCUGGUUGGUUCGGGCGUGCCCGCCGACGCUUUCCUGCUGUACGUGGAGAGCGGCCUGACGGCACUGGCCAAUCGGGCGCUGCUCUUCACGUUUGCGCGCCAAGGAAACCGGAACGACGGGCUGAGCGAGGGAGACCUGAACGUGAUGCGUUUUCUGUCGGACCUCAUCAAGCACCAGCACGCCGGACGUGGGCCCCCGGCGCUGCGCUUCUCUUACACGAAAGCAGUGCGGGUCUGUGGAACCCCUGGUGGUGGUCAUGCUACAUGACUUACUGGUGCUACUGGGAGGACCCAAAAGGUGACCGAUGGACUCGAGGGAAACGGUGGAAUCUCCUGCCGAUACACACGAAAAGAUGGAAC